AUUUCCUUCUUAUUUGAGCAUCCUUUUCCGCCUUUUGAGGUCUGCCCACUCUGUGCCGUGACGCAACGCAGCGCUUCCACGCCGCCGGAGAGAGGGAGCGAUCGAACGGCUCCUAUCGUCGCUCACCGCCAUCCUUCUGCCCACCUACUCUGCCGCACCUCCUCCUGUUCUCCGUCGGCUCGUCGUUCUCUGCGCCGGAUCUCCAUGGCCACUGAGACGGCCGGCGCGAUUCGGACGACCAAGCCAGUCACCAUCUCCUACUCCGAGAUCAAAGACAAGGGCAAGGAUCUGUAUGCAAAAAUAGAAGAAGGAUUUGGGCCAGAUGGGCUCGGGAUCAUCUCGGUAUCAGAUGUCCCCGGCUUCCCGUUGCUACGUCAGAAACUUCUACAGUUAGCACCCAGAGUGGCAAACCUCCCCGAUGAAGUGAAAAGUGAGCUGGAAGACCCAGAAAGCAGAUAUAACUUUGGAUGGAGCCAUGGGAAGGAAAAGCUUGAAUCUGGUAAAGCAGAUUUAUUCAAAGGAUCUUUUUAUGCUAAUCCAAUUUCAGACACUCCUACAACUGAUGAGGUAGCUAUACGCCGGUACCCUUCAUACUGUCGACCAAAUAAAUGGUCAGAUGCAUUACCAGAACUUGAAGUAGCAUUUAAAGCUCUUGGGAAGUUGAUGUGGGAGGCUGGGUUGAUGCUGGCCUAUCAUUGUGAUCAGUAUGUAAGUAAAAAAAUGAAAGAUAGCAAUGCUGGCAAUCUUGAGCAGAUGCUUCAACGGUCCAGGUGCCACAAAGGUCGUUUGUUAUACUACUUUCCAAGACAUUCCAGGCACUCUGGAGAUGAUAUUAGCUCCAUAUCAUCAUGGUGUGGAUGGCAUACUGAUAAUGGUUCACUCACAGGGCUUACCUGUGGCCUGUAUACAAGAGAUGGGGUAAAGAUUACUUCUCCAGAUAGUGCUGCUGGUCUUUAUGUUAAAACACGAAAUGAUGAAAUUGUCAAGGUUGUUUUCGAAGAGGAUGAAUUAGCUUAUCAAAUCGGCGAAACAGCUGAAAUACUUGCAGGAAGAUGUCUCUGUGCUACUCCACAUUGUGUACAGGCACCUAACAGUGAAAAGGCUCUUGGUGUGGCACGCUCAACCUUUGCAUUAUUUCUGCAACCUGACUGGGAUGAGAAACUUCAGUUUCCAGCAGAGAUUCGCCAUCACCAAGAGUUGAUCUCACCAAACAGAACUCUUACUUUUGGAGAAUUUUCUGAGACACUCAUUGGCAAGUAUUACCAUGAAAAGAGCUGAGACAAAUUCUAUGUUCCAUAUUUAUGAUAAUUGGUAGUGAAAUUAAGGAUGUGCCAGCAUCAAACUCAUCCUACUACUUCCAUGUUUAUAAUUAUUGGUAGCCAAAUAAAGGCUGUGCCAACAUUAAACA